UAUGAAUGUCUUCCCCGCCCCUCUCCCACUGUGUAAUUCGCAAAGUGCACUUAAGUUAGGUGGAGGGGGUUAUCGGCUAACAAAUUCAGCAAAGCCACAGUUUGUAUGUAUCAUUCAACCAGUUUGUAUCGAUAGUUUUCUUAGUGGUGUUAUACGUGUUUAGUUAUAUUCAUGGCAGCCGACAGUUCAAUGUAUGUACGAGGAAGAGAUGGCAAGGGGUUACUUUUUCACGAACUUCUGGAGGCUCUCGAAGAAGAAAAUGAAAUGCCUGAAUAUAUAUCGAUUUUUCCUCCCGAAGAACCUCCAGAUGCAGAUACAGAUAAGGAUUCUGAUUUCUCGGAUGAAGAAGUGGCCGGCGAUACCAAUCAUCUUCCAGCUCGUAUCCUGCGCUCUCAAGUAAGUGUGAAGUACAGUCAUGAAAUUAAAGCUGCAGAUGAUACUAACAACGUUUCCCAACCAAGUACCUCUCGACAGAAUAAUAUUUCUCAACCAUGUACCUCCAAAUGCCCGAAAUCUGCCAAACGACCACGUCUAAAUCCAACUACAUGGAAAUCAAAUAUUUUUGAAUUUUCUUCGAAGGUUCCUGAACCCGACAACGAAUACCGGCCAAAUGUAGAGGAUCUUUUGAAAGAAACAGUUAAAAGCCCGAUUGACGCAUUUAGGUGUUACUUUACACAAGAUAUAAUAGAGCACAUUGUUCGCGAAACAAACUCUUAUGCUGGGCAAAAAUUAGUUCAUAAUCUGAACGCCACUUCGGCAGAAAUUUUAACGUUUGUUGGGGUUAUGCUCUUAUCAGGAUAUCAUCCACUGCCUUGCAGACGGCUUUACUGGACUGUAGAUGAAGACGUUCAUACACCAAUAGUCUCAAAUGCAAUGAGACGAAAUCGUUUUGACGAACUUAUGAGUUUCAUUCAUCUCGCCGAUAAUCAGUGCAAUGACGGUACUGAUCGAAUGUACAAAAUUCGCCCUUUGUUAGAUAUGCUAAAUUCUGCAUUCAAGCAAAUUACUCCUGGUCCCACUGUUAGCGUCGAUGAGAGUAUGAUUCCUUAUUACGGGAGACAUGGAAGUAAGCAAUUUAUAAGGGGUAAACCCAUUAGAUUUGGGUACAAACUGUGGGUAGCUGCCGAUCCUUCGGGUUACAUCCAUCAUGUUGAACCGUAUUGUGGCUCUUCCACUCGCCUUCCUCAAACUGGUCUAGGACAAGGUGGUGAUGUUGUUAUAGGUCUAAUUGAUCACAUGCAAUUGAAAAAAGGACACAGACUUUAUUUUGACAAUCUUUUUACGUCGGUUGCAUUGUUGCAAGAAUUAAGUUCCAGAGAAAUUGGAGGCACAGGAACAUUGCGUGAAAAUCGCUGUAAUGCCUCAAUGAAACUGCCAGAAAAAAGUGUGUGGAAAAAAAAAGAAAGAGGUGACGUGGCUACUUCAUCGUCUGGAGAUCUUUUGCUCGUUCGCUGGAAUGAUAAUAACGUUGUCACAAUGCUUACCAAUUGUGACAAAGUAUAUCCUAUGAAAAAAGCAAGCAGAUAUUCUCGUGCAGAAAAAAAAAAGAUUACAAUCGAUAUUCCAGGUCCCGUUGAACAGUACAACAGCAACAUGGGAGGCGUUGAUAUAAUGGAUCAAUUCGUGGCUUCUUACCGUUGCCGAAUUAGAUCAAAAAAAUGGUGGUGGCCUUUUUUUUCAUGGGCUGUAGAUGCCGCAUGUGUACAAGGUUGGCUCUUAUAUCGUCGACUUGGUUAUGAUAUACCAUUGUUGAACUUUAGGCGCCAAUGCACAGUUUAUCUUUUGAAAUCAUUUGGAACCCUUCCAAAAAUACCUGGUGUCAGAACGUCUUUGAAUUUUUCACCUGUACUUCAAGAACUCCGAAAAGACCACACUGAUCAUAUUAUUCAGAAAGGUGCGUCCAAGUAUCGCCGUUGUAAGGUCUGUGGCAAUCGGACAUCCUAUCUUUGUAUUAAAUGUGACAUUGCAUUACACCCUGACAACUGUUUUAAAGUGUUUCACACAUAGAAUUUUUGUUGUUAGAUGUUAUUAACUGAAUUUAAUAAAUAGAUACUAAUUUU